GUAAAAUCAGCGAAAACAGCACAAAAUUGUGUCAAAUUUAAACAACAAAUUCUAAAAAAAACAAAAAAAAACCACAGCAAGCGUCUUUGUAUUCAUUUUGUUAUCCUACAUUAGCUAUUCUGCCAACGCAACGGAAGUAAUCAACGCUAACUAGGACAAUAUGACACGCGUGCGACGAAUUGUGUUGGCGCAAUUUAAUGCUGAGAACUUAUAAUGACAACGCUAAAAAGUAUGCAGCAGAUUAAGAGGAAUAAAGCUUAAGGCGCCUAAAAGUAUACAGAGUGCAUAUAAAUAAUAUAGUAAUGCUACAUAAGUGGGCGCAGCGAAAAUAUUGACUCUAGCCGAGAGAAAAGAAGAUCAAAGAGGGCUCCGAGUGCUAUAAAUAUUUAUUAAAAUACUGAAAAGGUUAAUUACGAAGAAUUACAAUAGUAAUUACAACAGCAGUGUGAGUAAGAGAUAUUUAGAAAAAUAAGAAGAAAUAAAUAACUGCAACGAGGUUAAGAGGAAUAAGUGAGAAGGCAGCUGUAAAGCGCAGAGAAAGAACAUUAUUUAUAAUAACAAGAGUAACAACAGCAACAAAAUAUUGUAACUGAAACUUAACACUAUAAGCCAGUCAAGGAUAUUGAGCAACAAGCACAGAGGAUUUUAAGAAGCCAACUUAUAUAGCUCACACAGGACUUAAAAAGGAAUUGUUAACAAAAACAAUACUGUAAAAUAAUAUACAAGUAAUAAAACAGCAUUAAAUACAACUACCGUUAUGUCUAUACAAUGACCAUAGCGGGAGCAUUUACUACAAGUUGCUUUAGAGAGCCAAGCUCACAUUAAAAUAGCAAACCAAAUCAAUGUAAAGCAAAACAGCAAAAAGCAUUUUAAGAAACUUUAAGCAACAUAACGGGUUUUCAACUAUAGCAGUGACCAACUCACCAAAAAAAUUAACAGCUGGCAGCGUGUGCUUCAGACACAUUUUCAAAAUUGUUUUUAAGUAGCUGAACAUUACUUGGCGAACAUGGCGGAAGGCGAUAAUUACGAUGAUGAGUUGGUCUCCAGCAAUCCAAAUCAGCGGAAUUGGCGUGGCAUUUUCAUUGCUCUAUUGGUUAUAAUAAUUGUAUUGGCGCUAAUUGUUACCUCUGUGGUACUUCUCACACCACCCGAUGAGGGGCCGAGCGUCAAGGGGCAACGCAUCAAACUGCAAGACAUCGUGGAUGGACUCUUCAUGCCGCAGCGUGCCAACGGUACAUGGAUAAAUGGCGAGGAAUUUGUUUAUCAGGAUCACUGGGGAAGAAUCGUGUUGUUAAAUGCAUCUAGUCUAAAUGAGCGAGUUCUCAUGUCAAAUGUGACAUAUGUAAGUAUGAACGUGUGA